AUGGAUGAAAUGGAAGCAGAAUACAACAAUUAUUGGGAGACCAAGAGAUUCUAUGAGGAGCUUGACAGUUGGGGAAUUGAUGAGGCCCUCAGUUACUAUGACUCAAGCUCUCCUGACGGCACUGCGUCUUCUUCAUCCCCUGCUGCCAAGAACAUAGUAAUGGAGAGGAAUCGAAGGAGGAAGCUCAAUGACAAGCUCUAUGCACUUAGAAGUGUGGUCCCCAAUAUCACGAAGAUGGAUAAAGCGUCUAUCAUUAAGGAUGCUAUCGACUAUGUGCAAGAGCUUCAGGAGGAAGAGAGGAGGUUGAUGACGGAGGUAACUGAACUGGAAUCGGCCAAGAAGGAGAAAUCAAAUGUUAGUGACAUCACGCAAGCUGAUUAUUUGGUCGUUGGUGAGAGGAGGAAGAAGAGGAUCAGUAGGACUUCGCUUUUGGCUCCUGGAUCUCCUGGCACACCUUGGCUCGAAGUAAUGGAGCUUAGCGUGUCUGAGGUGGGAGAGAGGACAUUGGUAGUAAGCAUCACUUGCAAUAAGAAGAACGGCACACUGAUCAAAAUGUGUGAUCUCUUUGAAUCUCUAAACCUCAAUACUAUUAGUGCUAACAUCACCUCUGUAUCUGGAAGUCUCUUGCAUACUCUCUUAGUUGAGGCAGACAAUGUGGACUGCAUUCAACUAAAGGAGAAAAUUGCAACUGCAAUUGCAGGAUACCAUGACAAGCCCUAAGAGUUCUAUUAGUUUUCAGUAAAGGAGGAAGUCCAACAACUUAAUUCCUCUCGAAAUUUAGCUUUGAACUUUUUUUUUCUUUUGUCUUUCUUCUCAUUUGUAUGUCAUUUAGUUAGACAUUUUCCCCGCUUUAUUCUCCAUUCUCGUACUAUUA